UGACGUCACAGGACGUACUUCUUCCAAGAUGGUUGUCGGUGCCUUUCCCAUCGCAAAGCUCCUCUAUCUCGGAGUGCGACAAAUUAGUAAACCUGUAGCGAACCGGAUAAAGGCGGCCGCCCGCAGGAGUGUGUUCUUUAGAAACUACAUCUGUCUGCCUCCGGCACAGCUCUACCACUGGAUUGAGAUGAGGGCAAAGAUGCGCCUCAUGGGCUUCCAGGGGGCCACCAUAAGGUCACUGAAUGAGGAGGCGGCGGCGGAGCUGGGCGCAGAGCUGCUGGGAGAGGCGGUCAUCUUCCUGAUCGGAGGUGGCUGCAUGGUGCUAGAGUACAGCAGGCAGGCUGCCAAUGCUCGCCGCAAGGAGGAGGAGCUAAACCAGACCAUCAUAAGCCUACAGACUCAGCUGGCAGAGCUGGAACUAAGCACAGAGACGCUAAACGCCCAGCUCAGGGAGGUCAAUAGACGAGUGCUGUCCUUUCCCACUCCUUCCCCAAAAUAACUUCGGUUUUGCCAGCUGGCGUUGAACUGAUAGUUGUCGUGUGUAGGACGGAACAACACAGCGUUACCACUUACUGUGUGCAUUCCGAUAAGACUCCACCCUCAUGCACACUGUGCUUGCUGUUUUCGCAGGUGCAUGAAGGGAGAUGUGGUUUUGCGUGCCGUCAGUAGCUCAGGCUUUGAGCGGUUGCUUGUAACGGGG